AUGAAGCACGGAAGCGUCGUUGUCGACUUGGCGGCCGAGACCGGAGGGAACGUUGAAACCACCAGGCCCGGUGAAGUUUACGAGUACAACAACGUGACGCACAUCGGUCUGUCGCUCUAUGAGCACAUGCCCAGUCGCAUGCCUGCGCAGGCAUCGUUCCUUUUCGCCAACAACAUGGCGAAGUAUUUGUGCAGUAUGGGCCCUCCGGGCUACUUCUUCGUUGAUUAUGACGACGUGCCGACGCGGGGAGCGAUGCUCUGUCGUGACGGCGAAUUGACCUGGCCUUGGAGCCCGCCUAAGGUCGAAGCGCCACCAGUGAAGGAGGAGGAGCCUGCUGAGGUCGCGCCUGUGGCCGAGAUGAGCCCCGAGGAGGAGUCGUUUCAAAGCACCGCAUCCUCUGUGGCCCUCGUUUCUUUGAUCGUGAUGGCACUGCUGGCAGCGGGCACUGCCGGCCAGUCGGUGACGACUAUGCUCACCACGCUUGCACUGGCUCUCAUUGGUGGUGCACAGGUCGUUUAUGGCGUUGUGCCAGCUCUGCACUCGCCUCUGAUGUCGGUCACUAAUGCCAUCUCUGGGCUAACAGUUGUUGGCGGCAUCCUCAUGAUGGGAGGAGGCUACAUGCCCGAGACGUUGCCUCAGUGGCUGGCAGCUGCUGCUGCACUGAUCUCCAUGGUCAAUGUAGGCGGGGGCUUCGUCAUGACCAGGCGCAUGAUCGACAUGUUCAAGCGAGAGACAGACGUGUCCCAGUUUGCGGAGAUGUACGCUCUUCCAGCUGCGCUUUUCGUUGGCCUCUAUGUGGCUGGCACUUCCCUUGGAUACAUGGACUUGGCUUCUGAGAGCCAAAUGGUCUACCUCGUCUCAUCUCUGAUGUGCAUCGGGGCCAUCCAUGGGCUGAGCUCCCAACAGACCGCUCAGUUCGGCAAUGCCAUGGGUCUUAGCGGCGUGGUGGGUGCCCUGGCGGGCACACUCGGCUUGGCCUAUGCUCAGGGAGCUGGUGCCGCGGUGCUGACUCAAAUCGCCACCGUCCUCGCAACUGGCACGGCCUUGGGCAUGGCCGUAGCAUCCCAGGUGGAAAUCACAGCCCUUCCUCAGCUGGUGGCGGCCUUCCACUCUCUUGUAGGUCUGGCUGCUUCUCUGACUGCAAUCGCCUCCGCGCUGCAGCAGCCAGGGGCAGAUGCCAUGCAUGCCACAUCCGAGUACCUGGCCAGUGGCAUCGGCGCGUUGACGGUGACCGGGUCCAUGGUCGCUUUUGCCAAGCUCCAGGGCUUGGUGGGUGGCAACGCGAGCAUCCCCGGUGGCAAUGCACUGUCCGGAUCCUUGACCGCAGCCUUUGCUGCAGGGCUUUGGGCCUACCUCAACCCCAUGCCCGGCAUGGAGAUCCCAACGCUGGUGUUGGGCACCGCAGCCGCGGCCGGCAUGGGCCUGGUGGUGACGUCGCAGGUCGGAGGCGCUGAUAUGCCGGUGGCCAUCACCCUCCUGAACAGUGCCUCUGGUUGGGCCCUGACGGCAGAGGGCUUCGUACUCUCCAACAACCUGCUGACCAUUGUCGGAGCCCUCAUCGGCUCUUCUGGUGCUAUUCUUAGUCAGAUCAUGUGCGAGGCAAUGAAUCGCAACAUCCUCGAAGUCUUGGGUGUGACCUCAAAACCCAAGACGCAGAGCGAUUCCACCUAUCAGAUCGAAGGCGAGGUGACAACUACGAACAACGAUCACGUGGCCGAUCUCUUGGCGACGGCCAAGAAGGUCGUCAUCGUUCCAGGCUACGGUGUUGCUGUAUCCAAGGCUCAAUAUGCCCUAGCGCAGCUGCUGGAGAUGCUGACACAGAACGGUACGGACGUGAAGGUCGCCAUCCACCCAGUGGCAGGUCGAAUGCCUGGGCAGCUGAACGUGCUGCUGGCAGAGGCAGGCGUGCCAUAUGAUCAGGUCCUAGAGAUGGAUGAGCUGAAUGAUCCUUCCGACUGGGAAGAUGUGGACGUUUCACUGGUCGUCGGCGCAAAUGAUACAGUCAACUCAUUGGCAGAGGACGAUCCGAACAGUCCGAUUGCAGGAAUGCCUGUUAUCCGCGUCUGGUUGGCGAAGAAAUGCAUUGUCGUAAAGCGCUCCCUGGGAGUGGGCUAUGCGGCCUUGGACAAUCCGGUCUUCUACAAGGACCACACCGACAUGCUCCUCGGUGACGCAAAAGAGGUAGGACAGUCGUUGGAAGAGCUUGUGCACACAAAGCUGCACCGGCUUUAG